UGCAAACAUUGUGACGAGUGACUCUGUAAUAUUUGUGGAAUUAUUAGAAACCUUAUCAAUUUGCCCUUAUCAGACGUUCUAAGAAUAAAUCAUCUGUUCCUGAUAAGAAAAGGUGACCAUGGCAGAGGACCCCAGCCCCCAGUCGUGUGACACUUUCGUCGUCCUGCCCCCCGGCACUGCCCUGGGGUGCGUCGUCUUCGGCAAAAAUUCUGACAGACCCAAGGGGGAGGUGCAAGAGGUGGUCUACUUCCCGGCCGAGGAUCACUCUCCAGGCUCCAAAACUCAGUGCACCUACAUCUCGGUGGAGCAGGCCGAGCACACUAGGGCGGUCAUCCUGAGCAAGCCCUCGUGGAUGUGGGGCGCAGAGAUGGGGGCCAACGACGCCGGCGUCUGCAUCGGGAACGAAGCCGUCUGGACGAAACUCAACGGACCCGAGGACGCAGAGGAGAGGCUCUUGGGCAUGGACCUGGUCAGGCUGGGCCUUGAGCGAUCUGGUUCUGCGAGGGAAGCCGUGGAUGUGAUCACCAACCUGUUGGAGGCCCACGGGCAAGGGGGCCCCUGUUCCGACCUCCACCCCGACCUCACCUACCACAACAGUUUCCUGAUUGCAGACAACAAGGAGGCCUGGGUGCUGGAAACUGCUGGAAAGCUCUGGGCGGCCGAACAUGUAACUAGUGGCUGCAGGAAUAUCUCCAACUGUCUGAGCAUCGGGACGAAGAUGGACCUUAUGAGUGGCGGACUGAAAGAGCAUGCGCAGUCCAAUGGACUCUGGGACCCCUCCCAAGGUGACCUCAAUUUCGCCGAUGCCUAUGGAAAGCCCAACGAAUGUGGAUCGCAGAGGUUCAUCCGCGGAAAAGAAUUACUCGCCCAGCUGUCUGAAUCAGGUGAGUUCGGUACCCUCUCAAUGUUUCAAGUGCUUCGAGACUGUGAUAGUGGAAUUUGCAGGAGAAUGGACCACGAAUUCCCGACUGCUGCAUCUCAAGUCUCUGUGUUGGCUCCUCCCAAUUCCCAGCGAUCCUCUUGUCACUGGUUCACGGGCACACCUGACGCCGCACAUUCCGUUUUCAAGCCUUUUGUUUUCUGUUCCUCAAACCGCAUCUCUCGCCACAUCGUCUCCCCCACAUUCCCGGAUAAUGAGGAUCCAGCAAAGGUGAAGCCCCGUUUCCAGACGACGGUGAACCGAGCUCACACGCUCUACCUGAAGCACCAGAGGGCGUAUCCACUCUUGACCGGGGACAGCCCCAAGGGCGCAGAGAUCGUUUCUGUGCUGCGCCGCCUAGAAGCGCAAUGCGUGGAGGACAUGGAGAACUUCGUCGACAACUUCACCUCCGACAAGGCAAAGGAGGUGGAGGACCUCUUCAAGGACCUGGUGGAAUCCGAGAUGAAGUUCUACUACAUCAAGUAG